AUGGCUUCCUCGAGACCAAAGAACGCUCCUUUUCUCUUCCCGAGAUCGGAAUCCUCUGUUUUGCCCGACCCAUCUCGAUUCUUCAGCGACGAACUCCUCUCAAGCCCUCUCCCUACAAACUCUUUCUUUCAAAACUUCACUCUUUACAAUGGCGACCAAGCUGAGUAUUUUCACCCAUACAUCGUCAAUCCAUCUGUUUCCUCUCUCUCUAUCUCAUACCCAUCUUUGUUACAAACCUCUGCCUUCCUCUACGAGGUUUUCAAACCCGACAUCACCAUCUCCGGGUCAAAAGGACCCGACCCGCAUUCCCGGAAAACUCAUCUCAUUACUUCAUUCAGCGACCUCGGUGUCACUCUCGAUUUCCCUUCGUCCAAUCUCAGAUUCUUCCUCGUCAGAGGAAGCCCGUUUAUCACCUUCUCUGUCUCCGGCAACUCCAUCAGAAUCUCUACGAGCCACGUGGUGUUGUCGUUAACCGGAAAUAGCAAAUCGACAAAGUACACGGCCAAGCUCAACAACAGUCAGGCAUGGCUGAUUUACGCCUCGUCGCCGAUUUAUCUGACUAAAAAAGACAACGGUUCCACGAUUUAUUGCCUUGGUGGGUUUUCCGGUAUUAUUCGGAUCGCCUUGUUACCGGGUUCGAGUCCAGGUUUCGAAUCGAUUCUCGACCUGUUCAGUAGCUGUUACCCAGUUUCCGGUGACGCCGAUUUCACAAAUCCCUUUGCUCUGGAGUAUAAAUGGGAGACGAGAGGCAAUGGAGAUCUUCUGAUGCUCGCUCAUCCUCUUCAUCUCAAGCUUAUAGCAAACGAGAAUCGCUCAGUCGCCGUAAUCGAUAAUUUCAGGUACAGCAGCAUCGACGGCGAUUUGGUUGGCGUCGUCGGAGAUUCAUGGGUUCUCAAAUCGGACCCUGUUUUGGUGACGUGGCACUCUCUCAAUGGAGUCAGAGAAGAUUCGCACCAAGAGAUCAUCUCUGCUCUCAUCCGCGACGUCAACGCCUUGGAUUCUACAGCUCCGGUCACUAGCUAUUUCUACGGUAAAUUGAUCGCAAGAGCGGCGAGAUUAGCUGUAAUCGCCGAGGAAGUUUGUUAUCUCGAUGUGAUUCCGACGAUUAGGAGGUAUCUGAAGAAGAUGAUUGAGCCGUGGUUAGAUGGGAGUUUAAAACCAAACGGGUUUGUGUAUGAAUCUAAAUGGGGAGGCAUAAUCACGAAGCAAGGAUCGACUGAUUCAAGAGCUGAUUUCGGGUUUGGGAUCUACAACAAUCAUCACUAUCAUCUAGGUUACUUUCUCUAUGCGAUUGCUGUGCUCGCUAAGAUCGAUCCUUUGUGGGGAAAGAGAUACAGACCUCAAGCAUACACUCUAAUGGCGGAUUUCAUGACAUUGGGGAGACGAGGGGAUGAUAAUUCCGAUUUCGAUUUCCCGCGAUUGAGAUGCUUUGAUCUGUUCAAGCUCCACUCUUGGGCUGGUGGGUUAUCGGUGUUUGCCGAUGGACGGAAUCAGCAGAGCACGAGUGAGGCGGUGAAUGCUUAUUACUCCGCCGCUUUAUUAGGGUUAGCUUACGGCGACAUAGAGCUGGUGGCGCCUUAUUUGGGUCUUCAGCUGUAUUUUCGAAUUAGGUUGGGCAGAAUGUCAAAGACAUUAGUUUCUUAG